CAUUAGUAUUUAGUCCUACUCAGAGACUGCAACAAUCAAUUUUGUUGUAAGCUCGAUGGCAAAUACGACUGGUAGCUACUACUGCGCUUCGCCAAUUUGCGUUUUUCGAUGUUCACCCUGUGAAGGACAACCAUGACCUUGCUAGCUCACCGAGAUUUUCAAAAAUGCUUCAGAAAUCUCAACUAUCGUCUCCUCCAGUGUUGGGCUGCUCGCUGCGGAUAUUCACGGCGGUGUACAAAUUUAAACAAGGAGUUCGUAUCGACAACGAGUUGGGUCGCACAUGUGGGAGGAAUAGUAAUACACAUGGCAGAGAGGAAGGGUGUGUUGGUGACAAUUGGGGAGGAGGAUGCAGUAUGGGGUAGUUUGCUAAAGAUUUGGGAUCUUGGGAAGACGGACAAGAGAAACCAGGCGCCAGUCUCUUGCUUUGCACUUUCUUCUGCGUUAUCUUUCCUUGCCAUCGGCUUGGCCGACGGGACGGUUCUACUUUACAGGCACUUGGACCAGUCACUAUCUCCCGCAGCGUCCCUGACUUCACUCCCUAAGACACGCACCAUCCAUGAAUCAUCCCCUGAACCUAUCACAGGCCUUGGCUUCCGAGAACUUCCGAACUUCCGAUACCCACUAAUGCCGAUGCUAAGGAUAACGACUUGCAUCUUUUCAAGCGUGUUGCUGGAUGAUAUUGGAUGUGGACUGGGAUGUGCGGCGAUGGAUUGGCGCGCCGAGAAGAUCGUGCUUGCGAGAGACGAGGCAGUAUAUGCGUAUGGUUUACAGGAGAGGGAGCCGCGAUAUGCUUAUGAAGGCUACAAGUCGUCGAUCUACACCCACCUUAACUAUGCGAUAGUUGUUUCACCACCCACAACAGUUGCAACGACGCGAAAGCUUGCGGCACAAGCGGCAGGUGGAGACGGUGAUCAGUCGAGGGUGACCGUGUUUGACAUGGAGAAUAAGGUAGUUGGAUAUACCGGGAUGUUUGCGGAGGAAUCAGAGCAAUCCGACUCGCUUUCUGAGAAAUCUACCUCUGCAAAUUUCACCAUGCUGUACGCUAAGGCUCUAUACCCACUUUCACCGAGUCUCGCGCAGACACAAUACCUCGGCGAGAGCUACGUAGCUGAUAUUCACCGUCAGCACGGUGACUACCUCAACACGAAAGGAGAUUUGGAUGGCGCGAUGACAUGCUACGUGAAGACGAUAGGGUGGGUGAAACCGAGCUACGUCGUUAGAAAAUUCCUGGAUGCUCAGCGUAUACACAAUCUCGUUACCUAUCUGCAAGAGCUGCAUGCCCUUGGCCUCGCAAACGCUGACCAUACUACUCUUCUGCUCAAUACCUACACCAAACUCAAAGACGUUGCACGCUUGGACAACUUCAUUAAAACAGAGUCUCGACGCUCUGGUGCGGCAGAGUCGAACGGCGACCUUCCAUUCGACCUGGACACUGCUAUCCGGGUGUGCAGGCAGGCAGGGUACUUUGGUCAUGCCAGCUACCUUGCAAAGCGCUACAAGCGGCAUGAGGAUGGGAAGUACGGGGAGGCAUUGACAUAUUUGAGACACUUGGGAGCAGCCGCGGCGGAAAGUGACCUCGCAAGGUACGGACGCACUAUGCUAGAUAAUCUCCCAGAGGGGACGACGCAGCUUCUCAUUGAUCUUUGCACUGAAGAGGACGCCAUUCCGCAAGAGUCGAGUGCACCAGCAAACGCCCCAUCGUACCUCUCGUACCUUGUCCUUUCCUGUGCACCCGUGCCUGAAGACAAAGUUGAGGAAUCCAAAGCGGACGAAGAGGAGGAUCCUACGGAACCUCAGGCAACGCAGCCCAGCGCACCAACACCAUCCAAAGGGAAACGGCCUUCGCCCACACUCUAUUUCGCGCAUUUUGUCGAUCACUCGUCAUAUUUUGUCCGUUUCCUAGAAAGCGUAGCCGCACGUCGGUGGGAACAGUCGCUCUCCUCUCUCCCGUCCUCUCUUCCAAAUGCCAGUUCUGACGAAGACAAAGACUCGGAGAAGCGCAAUCACGCAGAAAUUUGGAACACGUUGCUUGAGCUCCAUCUUGACGGGGGCUCUCCGGAACAACAGGACAAGGCGCUCAAAGUCCUGACGAGCAACUCCUUACUGUGCGAUCAGACACAUGCACUGAUUCUUUGCAGCAGCUACAGCUAUACCCGAGGUCUGGUUGUACUCUGGAAGAAGCUGGGGAUGUAUGAGGACGUUUUACACCGGUUUUGGAUGGACAAGCACAACGCAUCGCCAUCCGAGUCCUCAGCGUCAACUGAAGUCGUACAGGCCCUUGUACGAUAUGGUUCAACGCACCCGCACCUCUAUGAGCUAGUGCUGCGCUUCUUGACAAGCACGCCGGAGCUACUCACGCGGCGGCAGGCGGAUGUAGAGAAGAUUCUGGAACAUAUCGAGAAGGAGCGGACAAUACCUCCGUUUGGUGUAGUCCAGAUACUGAGUAGGAAUGGAGUAGCGAGCGUAGGAUUUUUCAAGGACUGGCUGAUGGGACGCAUCAAGGAGACAAGGGAAGAAGUGGAGACUGACCAACAACUGAUUAGUUCCUACCGGUUGGAGACGAAUGCGAAGUUGAAUCAAGUGGUUGAAUUAAAGGACCCGAUGCAUGUAAAGGUAUUUAGUGUGACGCGUUGUUCUCAGUGCAGCGGGCAGCUCGACCUCCCCAGUGAAAUUCAGAGGAAUAAUGAGAGGAUGGCAGAUCAACACGAGCUAUUCCUCGUUGAUGUGCAGGAUAAUGGGUUUAAAGUGGUUGCGAAUGGAUUUGGUAAGGGGGUGUUGAACAUGACUCGAUUGGAUGAUGUUGCUGUAUAACGUGUAUCACGCCGCGCCAUACUUCUGCCACAUGAUCUGCAUCUGUCAGACCUACGGUACCCAAUAGUAAGUCAUCAAAUCAAUGCUCUCGUUAAUGUCCAUUCACAAGGGAUGGGCAUUUGCGGAUUGAUUCAGUCCAACACUAAUAUUGA